AUGGGUGAUUACUCGAAAGCACUUGAAUUUUAUGAAAAAGCACAUAAAAUCUUCAAAAAAGCUCUGCCUCCAAAUCAUCCCGAUUUGGCUAUUUCCUACAACAACAUCGGCCAAGUGUAUAACAACAUGGGUGAUUACUCGAAAGCAAUUGAAUUUUACGAAAAAGCACGUAAAAUAAAAGAAAAAGCUCUGUCUCCGAAUCAUCCCGAUUUGGCUACUUCCUACGCUUGCAUCGGUCAAGUGUAUAACACCAUGAGUGACUACUCGAAAGCACUUGAAUUUUAUAAAAAAUCACUUAAAAUAAGAGAAAAAGCUCUGCCUCCGAAUCAUCCCGAUUUGGCUAUUUCCUACAACAACAUCGGUCAAGUGUAUAAAAACAUGGGUGACUACUCGAAAGCGCUUGAAUUUUACGAAAAAUCACAUAAAAUCUACGAAAAAGCUCUGCCUCCGAAUCAUCCCAAUUUGGCUACUUCCUACAGCAACAUCGGUGGAGUGUAUAACAACAUGGGUGACUACUCGAAAGCAUUUGAAUUUUACGAAAAAUCACAUAAAAUCUACGAAAAAGCUCUGCCUCCGAAUCAUCCCGAUUUGGCUUAUUCCUACAACAACAUCGGUACGUUGUAUAAGAACAUGGGUGACUACUCGAAAGCACUUGAAUUUUAUGAAAAAGCACAUCAAAUCUUCGAAAAAGCUCUGCCUCCAAAUCAUCCCGAUUUGGUUACUUCCUAUACUUGCAUCGGUCAAGUGUAUAAGAACAUGGGUGACUAUUCGAAAGCACUUGAAUUUUACGAAAAAUCACUUAAAAUAAGAGAAAAAGCUCUGCCUCCGAAUCAUCCCGAUUUGGCUAUUUCCUACAACAACAUCGGUCAAGUGUAUAACACCAUGAGUGACUACUCGAAAGCACUUGAAUUUUAUAAAAAAUCACUUAAAAUAAGAGAAAAAGCUCUGCCUCCGAAUCAUCCCGAUUUGGCUAUUUCCUACAACAACAUCGGUCAAGUGUAUAAAAACAUGGGUGACUACUCGAAAGCACUUGAAUUUUACGAAAAAUCACUUAAAAUAAGAGAAAAAGCUCUGCCUCCGAAUCAUCCCCAUUUGGCUAUUUCCUACAACAACAUCGGUCAAGUGUAUAACAACAUGGGUGACUACUCGAAAGCACUUGAAUUUUACGAAAAAGCACAUAAAAUCUACGAAAAAGCUCUGCCUCCGAAUCAUCCCGAUUUGGCUACUUCCUACAGCAACAUCGGUGGAGUGUAUAACAACAUGGGUGACUACUCGAAAGCACUUGAAUUUUACGAAAAAGCACAUAAAAUAAAAGAAAAAGCUCUGUCUCCGAACCAUCCCGAUUUGGCUACUUCCUAUACUUGCAUCGGUCAAGUGUAUAACAACAUGGGUGACUACUCGACAGCAUUUGACUUUUUCAAAAAGUCACAAAAAAUCUUUGUGGAAACUCUGCCUGCGAAUCACUCUAAUUUGGGUUAUCCAUACAACUGGUUUGGGAAAAUUUAUCGCAAUAUGAAAGAUUAUCCAAAAGCACUUGAUAAUUUCGAAAAAUGUCUCGCAAUAUUUCAAAAAACGUUGCCUGAAAGACAUCCUAAUCAAGCUAUUACAUAUAGUAAUAUUGGUGAUGUUCAUCGAUUAAUGGGUAAUUAUGAAAAGGCACUUGCAUUUCAUCAAAAAGCAUUAAAUAUUCAAGAGAAUGUGCAAUGUGAUCCUAAGGACUGUGCAACGACAUAUAUAAAUUUAGGUGAAACUUAUCGUGAAAUGAAAGAUUAUUCAAAAGCAUUGACAUAUUUCGAAAAAGGAUUAGAAAUACGUGAGAAGAAAUUACCAAAAAAUCAUCCUGAUUUAGCUGUUGUAUAUCAUAAUAUGGCAAAAUUAUAUUUGGCUACACGAAAAUAUAGUAUGGCAAUGAAAAAUAUUCAACAAGCAGUUGAAAUAGCUCAAGAAAAAUUACCUUCAACUCAUCCUCAUCUUUUGGAAUAUAAAGAAACAUUUGAAAAAAUUCGACAGAAAAUGUAA